AAAGGGCAGACGCUCGGGUCGUAAUUAACGGCGGAUGGAGAAUAUAAGCUCGUCGAGUGCAAUGCAACAGAUGAAGAUGCUGUGGGUAUUAUCAGUCACAACAAACCAUCUAGGCAUAGCUCUCUGCCAGUAGACUACAUAUAUUUGCUUUUCAAUUACUUGAAAGCACAACAAUCAGAUUUAGAAGCCAAGGGCCAUGUCCGCAGCAGCAGCGCGUGUCAUCACAAGGCCCCAAGUCCUUCCCGCAGGUCUUCGGCCCCGCCCGCUUCAGCGCAUCGCCUUCUCCACCACGCCGUUCCGGACCGCCGGCGGCACUACAUCAGGCAAGACCAGCAACGGCAACAAAUCUGGAAGCGGAGGAGGAGAUCCGAUUGAGAUUCCGGUUUUCAAUCUCCGACAUAUUACUUCGAGUCCCAGGGCACGGUUUUGGUUGAUUACGGGGUUUUGCGUGAUUGCGAGCGUGGAGAUGUACGGGUGGUAUAACUUUGGGCCGAAGAUUUUGGGGUGGGAGGGGAAGGGGGAGGAUGAGUGA